AUGUUUGCCACGAUAUCAUACAAUAAGGGCGACUUGGGCGACGACGUAUGGGUUAUGCCCGCGAGCACGCAUUAUUUCGGCGAACGACGACAAGUACGGCUGGCUUGCAUAGAGUGUCGCGCGAAAAAGGUCAAGUGCACUGGAGAAAAGACUGGCUGCGCCAGAUGCAGCACCAACGGAACACAUUGCGUAUACCCGGCGCCGACGGAGCGAGGAAGUUCAGGGAGGAAGCGGACAAGCAGCAAUACUUUGCCUCGAUCGCACACCAGCAGUCCUUCGACCUCGUCUGCCUCGCGCAAACCACCCAGUAUCAGUGAGCAGAGUAGCGGGACGACAACGCCUCACAGGAUGGAUCCCUGUCCCGACUUAUGUCAGUCAUCGGUGCCUACGGCCACGACAUUUGGCGGAGGAAGUUCAACCCCUGUCGACUCGCUGCUGUCCUCGUCGCUUCCUUUACCAUCGCUAGAUCAUCCAUCAUUCUUUCCAACCUUGACCGAUCACGAGUUUUUCCAUCUCGGCUCCGAUGACCCAUCUCUGAACAUGCUUCGCCUCGAUGAAAACUUUGGAUACGGCCUCGAUCAGCUUUGCACACCGUCCUUUCCGCCGCUGAACGAGCUGAACCUGUGCGUACCGCAGAGUCGGGGUUCGAUGACACCGUCGCAUCCGUACCCUUGCCCGUUACCAAGUACCUUUACCAACACGAAGAACAUUCUAUUCGACAUCCAAGCCGAGCUCGGCGACACGCAGCAACCGUGCUCCUGCUCCGAAGCGGCAGUGCACAUGCUGGAAGAGCUCGAGCUGAAGGACUACAACGACGCCGAACUAGCGGCAGAUGUCGUGCUGAACAACCAAGAAGCCGCACUGGCAAAGUUCCACGCCUGGCUCGCGUGCGAACGCUGCCCCACACCGCGGGCGACCUCGAUGCUCCUUGCACUGAUUCUCGAGCGCCUCUCGCUGUAUUUUGAAAAGGGUGUCGGUCACUACGCUCGUGUUUUGCAAGGGGCCGGCAGUCCAGAGAGCAGCGGCAGCAACAACAGCAGCCAUGGCGGCGAUCUUCACCAGCAGCUCCCGGCAGGCACGGGCGCUGUCGGCGAGUACUUGAUCAAAUCACGGCUGGAAUAUGGACAAGUGGUGCGCGUUUUACUCACUAUACAAGCGCGGAAAUUGGCGAGUGCGAUCGCGACGCUCAAGCAGCGGAACAUGCUGGACGGAAUGCUGGCCGAUACGGAGCGACGGACGAGAAGGAUUAUUAGCGAACUGGGGAGCUGGGAGGGUUGA